UCACUGGAACUAUCCUUUCAGGCCGCCACAUCCAAAUCCAUGCCGCCUCACCGUCCGCGACAUCUCCAGAAUACGCCCCUUUUUAAACCAAUGACACCACAGAGCUCCUAAUUCACUCCCUGGUAAUCUCUCUCCUUGGACUACUUACUGCAACACCUCCUCAUUGGCUUACCUUUUUACAUUAGGGCCAUCCCCCCUCCAGUCCCAUCAGUGUCCUCCAUCCUCACUCUCUGCCUAAUCCCUCCACUGGCCGCCAUUCAGUGUCCUCCAUCCCUCUCUGCCAAUACCCUCCACUGGCCUCCAUUCAGUGUUCUCCAUCCCCUCUCUGCCAAUCCUCCACUGGCCUCCAUUCAGUGUCCUCCAUCCACUCUCUGCCACAAUCCCUCCACUGGCCUCCAUUCAGUGUCCUCCCAUCCUCUCUGCCCAAUCCCUCCACUGGCUUCCACUCAGUGAUGUCCUCCAUCCCUGUCAUGCCAAAUCCCUCCACUGGCCUCCACUCAGUGUCCUCCAUCUCCCUGUCUGGACAAUCCCCUCCACUGGGCCCUCCACUCAGUGUCCUCCAUCCUUCUCUGCCCAAAUCCCCUCCACUGUCCUCAGACUCUAGUGUGUCCUCCAUCCCCUCUUGCCAAUCCCUCCUUGGCUUCCACUCAGUGUCUCUCCCAUCCCUCUCUGCCAAUCCCUCUUCUGGCUUCCACUCAGUGUCCUCCAUCCCUCUCUGCCAAUCCCUCCACUGGCCUCCAUUCUCAGUGUCCUCCAUCCCUCUUCUGCACAAUCCUCCACUAGCCUCCAUUCAGUGUGUCCUCCAUCCCUCUCUGGGCAAUCCCUCCACUGGCCUCCAUCCCUCUCUGCACCAAUCCCUCCACUGGCUUCCACUCAGUGUCCUCCAGUUA